GUGCACUCAAAUUCACAUGACUAUAACACACAUUUGAAUGGUUGUAUACACUUCAUUAAUUGUAAUUCACUAUUAUUGUGAUAUAUAUAUACCAUAUUAUUAUUAGUAGUAGUAGUGGUAUUAUGACAGAUUCUAUAAGUGUCGAAUAAUGUGAAAAUGUUCUUCACUUAUAUAUAAUUUCUAAAUAAAGAGACAAAUUAGAAUGAUUACCACCAAUUAAAUUAUUCUCAGUUUAUGAUUGUACUAUCAAGUGAAUUGUAAUAAGUCUUGUAAACAGAUAUCUAUUGUUGAGUACCAAUUAUAUAUAUAUAUAUAUAUAUAUAUAUACGUUUAUUCAUAAGUCGAUUCCGAUUCAUCAUGAAACAUUACGAUAUUGUAGUUGAAGCAAAUGAAUUACCAACAGAACGUAAAACAACCGCAUUGACUUUAUGUGUACAUGCAUUGGAUUAUUAUCAUACUGAAAAAGAUGUAGCUAUGUUUAUGAAAAAAAAUUUUGAUAAAUUAUAUGGACCAAUAUGGCAAUGUAUUGUAGGUCAUGAAUUUGGAAUUAUCUAUCACUAAUCGAAAGUGAAGUACGUGGCGGCAGAACGUUAAGAAAAUCAAAGUAAUGAGAACGAGAACAGAGAAUGAUUGACAUGGAAACAAAAAGAAAAAAAAACAAUGACGUUUGAGACGAUUAACUGAUAAUUUGUAAAUGAAGUAUUUACUGUCUGAUUCUCAAAUUUUACUAAGAUAUUCUGUAAUUUUAUAUUCAAAUAUAUUCGAUUGUCCUCAAUUAUGUUCUUAUUCAAUACACUAUGAACAGUAUGUGUUUACAUAAAGUAGAAUCGUAUCAUUUAGCAACCAUUCAAACUACCUUCAUGAAUUAAUCAGUUAUAAAAAAAAUGUAUAAAGUUUUUGAAUUGUUGAUUAUAUAAUUUAUGUUUACA